AUCAGUAGCAGAGAAAAGGUUUUCUUCAUAAUGUCUCAGCCAGCAAACUGAUUGUUUUAUUGCACUUCAGGAUUCAGCUAUUACUUAAGAUGAAGUUAAGGAUUAACCGGAUCGAUGCCAAUCAACUCCAUAGUCUCAUGAAGGUUCUUGUUUUCCUGAAGGUUUAUGGCUGAUAAGCUGUAGUAACUAGCUUACAAGUUAGCGAUCGCUUUACAGCAGAGCGAAGUUAAGCAUUAACGGGAUCGACGCUUACAAACUCAAAACACUUUUCCUCCAGUACCUCUGGGAAGCUUUAAGAAUCACGAUCAGUGAUUACCUCUAUUUGGAGUCCACAGCGAGCAUCACCUCUAUUAACUCUGAUUGUUAGAGGUGAAAGACAUAAUUCACCUAUAAAGACUAGAGGUGAAAGACAUAAUUUCAGAAAUUAUGUCUGCUGCUCUGGACGAAUAUUGCGGGUCAACUUUUUGGAACGACUCGUUCCUCAAUCGCACGGAUCCGGACUUGCCGGUGUGUGUGGAGAGAACGGUGUUGGUUUGGGCGCCGCUGGGAUUCCUGUGGCUUUGUGCUCCAUUACACUUGGCCAGACUCUUCAAGAAAAAAGCACCCGAAACUCCAUUCUCCAAAAUCUACAUCUGCAAACAGGUCGUGGCAGGACUAUUGUUCCUGACAGCUAUUGCUGGGCUUGCCGUCACACUUGCUGAAGAUUAUGGACCGCUGAAUGACUCAUCAGUUGAAACAAAUCCUCUUGUGCUUUAUGUUAAUCCUGUACUGUUUGGAGUAUCUUGGGUUUUGGUGAUGCUCAUGCAGGAAGCUGUUCGGCGUAAGGAAAGAGCCGUUGAUUCUGCAAGCCUCUUCCUUUUCUGGUUGCUGUUGGUCAUCUGUGAUAUCUUUCCUUUUCAAACCAUUCUAAGAGACACAUUGAAGGAGGAAAAAGUAGCAGAUCUUCCCAGGUUUUGUCUUUUCUACAUAGCUUAUUUACUUGAGUUGGUUGCUUUAGUGUUAUCAGCCUGUGCUGAUGUUUCACCUGAACUUAAGGAGCUGGCCAAAAAGAACCCUGAACUUAGUGCUGCAUUUCUUAACAGAAUCACUUUCAACUGGUUUAACUGGAUGGUCUUCAAUGGCUACAAAAGACCGCUGGUGCAGGAGGACUUGUGUGAUUUGAACGAGAAGGACAGCACAAGCUCCAUAAGCCAGAGGUUUGAAGAAAUCAUGAAAGAAGAGCUAAAGAAAGCUCGGCAAAGGCUACAGACGAAACAGAGCAAGAAGAAAAAAUCUACAUCAAAGCUUGAUCGUGAGCAAAAUGGCCUGGCCAAGGGAGUCAGUCAGGAUAUCCUGGUCAUGGAGGAGAGAGGAGAAGAGGCCAAAAAGGAAAAGAAAAAGAAGAAAAAAAAUGACAGAGACUCAAAUUAUCCCGACUCUUGGUUGGUGCCCACCAUCAUGAAAACCUUUAAAUGGAUUCUUCUAGAGUCUGCCAUCUUCAAGCUGUUACAAGACCUGCUUUCAUUUGUGAGUCCACAGCUGCUCAAGGUCAUGAUAUCCUUCACUCAGGACAAAUCCAUUUUCACGUGGUGGGGUUACUUUUAUGCUGUACUGCUCCUGAUUGUGGCAAUGCUUCAGUCCCUGUUCCUCCAACAGUAUUUCCAGCGCUGUUUUGCUCUGGGUAUGAAAGUACGCACAGCUAUCAUGGCAGUAGUGUAUAAGAAGGCACUGGUCAUGUCUAACAGUGCGAGGAAGGAGUCCACUGUAGGGGAAACAGUCAAUCUGAUGUCAGCCGAUGCUCAGCGCUUCAACGACGUCACAAACUUUAUCCACCUUUUGUGGUCGUGUCCUCUGCAGAUUUGUAUUUCCAUAGCAUUUCUGUGGAUUGAGCUGGGGCCUUCUGUUCUUGCUGGUCUCUUGGUGAUGUUACUAAUGGUUCCUAUUAAUGGGUUACUGGCCACCAAAUCCAGGACUUUCCAGAUGGAAAACAUGAAGUUUAAAGACAAGCGCAUGAAACUAAUGACUGAAAUCUUGAGCGGAAUUAAGAUUCUUAAGCUUUAUGCUUGGGAGCCUUCUUUCCAGGCUCAAGUUCAAGAUGUUAGAGAGAAGGAGUUGAAGGUGAUGAAGAAGUUUGCCUACCUGUCAUCCAUCUCCAUUUUUAUCUUCUCCUGUGCUCCAGCUCUGGUAUCACUGGCGACCUUUGCUGUUUUCGUUUCUGUCAGUCCAGAUAACAUCUUAGAUGCACAGAAAGCAUUUACAUCCAUUUCUCUCUUCAACAUACUGCGUUUCCCUUUGGCCAUGCUCCCCAUGCUGAUUUCCUCCAUUGUACAGACAGUUGUAUCCAGAAAAAGGCUGGAGAAGUUUCUAGGUGGAGAAGAUCUGGACACAAUGGCACUGCAGCACACUGGCAACAAGGAUUCAGCAGUAAGCAUCAACAAUGGCACUUUUACUUGGGGGAUCGAUUCCGAAUCAGUUCUGAAGAACGUAUCUCUGGAUGUUAAACCAGGUCGUCUUGUGGCUGUGGUGGGAGCAGUGGGUUCGGGCAAAUCCUCUCUGAUCUCAGCUCUGCUCGGGGAAAUGCACAACCUCUCUGGCUCAGUCCACAUCAAGGGAUCUGUAGCGUAUGUGCCGCAGCAGGCCUGGAUUCAGAACGCUACUCUUAAGGAUAACAUCUUGUUUGGCUCGGAUGAGGAUGACCAGAAGUUGGAGACUGUAGUGAAAGCCUGUGCAUUACAGACAGACCUGGAUUUACUUCCUGCUGGAGCUGAGACUGAAAUCGGCGAGAAAGGCAUCAAUCUGAGUGGAGGGCAGAAGCAGCGAGUGAGUCUGGCUCGAGCAGCCUACAGCACUGCGGAUGUGUUCCUGUUGGAUGACCCGCUCUCUGCUGUUGAUGCUCAUGUGGGGAAACAUCUGUUUGAGAAAGUGAUCGGACCCAAUGGCCUGCUUAAAAAUAAGACUCGUAUCUUGAUAACUCAUGGCAUCAGCUUCCUACCACAUGUUGAUGAAAUAGUUGUCUUAGUGGAUGGCGUUGUGUCAGAAAUUGGAUCGUAUAAAAGUUUACGUACCAGCAAGGGUGCAUUCUCUGAGUUCCUGGACACAUAUGCUAAAGAGGAGAACAAGUCUAAUGCACAAAAAGACUCUGUUUCGGAUAUUGAGGAGGUUGACAUUAUUCCCGAGAGUCACGAUCCCCAGCUCGACAGUCCUGCUGAGGAUGUAGUGUCUGUCGUGUUGAAGAGAGAAAACAGCUUACGUCACAGCCAGCGCCAUGCAAUGCGCAACGGCAGCAUAAAGGUAAGAAGGAACAGCUCGGCUCGAACUAAAAAAACGUCAGAAGAGUCCAAGAAAGGGCAGCGGCUGAUUGAAAAGGAAACAGUGGAGACUGGAAAGGUCAAAUUCUCUAUGUAUCUGCAGUACCUGAGAUCUGUUGGCUGGGGCUUCACCACCAUGUUCAUUGUAGUUUACUUCAUCCAAAAUGUGGCCUUCUUAGGUCAGAACCUAUGGCUGAGUGACUGGACCAAUGAUGCUCUAAAUUAUCCCAAUGGAAGCAGUUACCCCGCCCAUAUUCGAGAUAUGAGAAUUGGGGUAUUUGGAGCACUUGGAGUGGCACAGGGUUUAUUGGUGUUUAUCGGCGCUUUGAUCCAGGCCAAUGGAGCGAUUCGUGCUUCCAGAAUUUUGCACAGUCGAUUACUGUCCAACAUCCUCAGAGCACCCAUGAUGUUCUUCGACACCACACCAUCAGGAAGGGUAGUCAACCGCUUUGCAAAAGAUGUGCUUACCGUGGAUGAAAUGAUCCCCAUGUCUUUCCGUUCUUGGGUCCUCUGUCUGUUUGGUGUCCUUGGCACCUUAUUUGUCAUCUGUCUUGCCACACCACUUUUCACAGCAAUCAUUGUGCCUCUUGCUGUGGUCUAUUACUUUGUGCAGAGGUUCUAUGUGGCCACAUCAAGGCAGCUGAGGCGUUUAGACUCUGUUUCCCGUUCUCCCAUCUACUCCCAUUUUGCAGAAACGGUAUCUGGACUUUCUGUCAUUCGAGCUUACGGACAUCAAGAACGCUUUCUAGAAUACAACAAAGUCACUAUUGAUAACAACCUCAAAAGCGUCUACCCUUGGAUUGUUUCUAAUCGAUGGUUAGCCAUCCGGCUGGAAUCCUUGGGUAAUCUGGUGGUAUUUUUCUCAGCAUUGUUUGCAGUGAUAUCUCGAGAUUCCCUGGAUAGUGGGUUGGUCGGAUUAUCUAUCUCGUAUGCCCUAAAUGUGACUCAGACACUGAACUGGCUUGUGAGAAUGACAUCAGAACUGGAGACAAACAUUGUCGCAGUGGAAAGGGUCAAUGAAUACACCAAGAUUGAAAACGAGGCUCCAUGGAUCACAGAUAAAUGUCCCCCAAAAGAUUGGCCCACUUUAGGAAAGAUCCAAUUUGAGGACUAUAAGGUCCGAUACCGACCUGAGCUGGACCUGGUUCUUCAUGGCAUCACCUGCAACAUUGAAGACACUGAAAAGAUCGGCAUUGUUGGCCGCACAGGAGCAGGCAAAUCGAGCCUGACCAACUGUCUGUUCCGCAUCAUGGAGGCAGCUGAGGGAAGUAUCUCAAUAGAUGGAAUCAACAUCUCCACUCUGGGCCUCCACACUCUCAGGAGCCGAUUAACCAUUAUUCCACAGGACCCAGUGCUGUUCGCUGGGACUCUCCGGAUGAAUCUAGACCCUUUUGAGGUGUUCGGUGAUGAGGAGAUCUGGAAAGUGUUAGAAUUGUCUCACCUGAAGGAAUUUGUGGUGACUCUGCCAGCAGGGUUGCAGCAUGAAGUCUCAGAAGGAGGAGAAAAUCUCAGCGUGGGACAGAGGCAGCUGCUGUGUCUGGCUAGGGCUUUGCUACGGAAGUCAAAGAUCCUGAUCCUCGAUGAGGCCACGGCCGCCGUCGAUUUAGAGACAGACGAAUUGAUUCAGAGCACCAUCACGCGAGAGUUCUCCCAAUGCACUGUGCUCACCAUCGCGCAUCGUAUCAACACCAUCCUCAACAGCACACGGGUGAUGGUUCUAGAUGCUGGGAAAAUAGUGGAGUUUGAUUCCCCGGGUGUACUGUUUGAGAAGAAGGGACACUUUUAUGCUCUGGCUAAAGAAGCUGGGAUUUCACCGAUGCAGUACUCAGUGCUUUGAACUUGAUAGCAGUGCCUGAAUUGGCCAGUGAACUAUUGGACUCUUAAAUAAGAAGCUGCAGGUUUUAUUGUGUUCAAUAAUGCUUUGUGACCAUACGCAAGGAAGAAGAGUAACCAUUAGUCUCUUUACAAUAUGAUCCUCCACUAACAUGUAGAAAAGCUAUAACUUCUUUCUGGUUUCUGUACUGUAUCUAAUAUUUAAUCCAAUUUGAUUUUUUACAGUUAUAGCACUAGACAUUGUUACAGAGCAGCUUUACAGGAAACGGAAUAUACAAACGAGAUGAUCCAUGUAGAAAGUACAGUGUGUCUGUGAAUGUUUUGUUUACUUUCUUCAAGGCCAUUAAUAUGCUUUUUAAGGUAUUUGUCAUUGUGUGGACAGUAAAAUUCAUUUUUGCAUUGUGUGUGUGUGUGCUAGGCUGUAUGUAUGCAAGCAAUGCUACUUGUUUGUACGUUUUACAUGUUUAGCGUAUGUGAACUGAAAAAAGUGUGUGCACUUACAUGUAUAAACUGUUUUUUUUUUCUUUUUUCAAUAUCUGCAUUAUUUAUGAAUUUUGCUUCUUUUCUGAUCUAGUCAAUUAAACAAAGUGUCCAAGA